CUCGAACAGUCAGAUGUUUGGUGCCAGCCGCAGGGGCAGGCACGCGGUCCCUGGAUCAGGGGUGCACCGCUACCCCUGCCGGUCUGGGGCCAUUAUGAGUCGCCAACCCUGAUCGUAGACACGGUCGAAGAGUAUGAGGAACUAGCAAGCAGCGUUGAACUCGAAACUCGUCGCUUGAUCAACGAGCAACGCUACGACACGGUUGACAAUGUCUUGAGAUUCUACUCGGAUUUCAAGAAGAGUGGAGAAAAUAACUUGGAGCACUUCUACCGUAAAUACCAGCCCCUCAUUGUCAGUGGGCGUCACACGUGUGUCGGCCUUGGCUUCGAACUGUUGAACCGUAUAUGCGGUCUGAGCAAAAAGUUUCCUGGCUUAGCGAGUGGCCUUUACCUGGUGUCUUGCGAAGAGACUAUCGGUGACAUUGCCAGCUAUGUUGGCGGUCCGCCUGCGGCUGAUUCCGGCGAGAAGGAGCACGUCCUCGUUUGCCUGAAAAUCGAGAUCAACAAGCGCCGAGGUGUAAUGCUCCUGGAUCCAGGCUACCACAUCGCCCGCGUGAUAACCGUAAUGGCGGAUAAGUUAUACCCGCACACGGGUUGGUUCACGCAGAGUGAUGAGCCAGAGGGCAAAAAGGAAUACAAUUACACGCUGUGCCAGACAGACCCGGACUACGUCGAGUGGCACGAAAGGAAAACUCGUCCCAGUGCCUUAGAGCAGACUCAGGUCGCUCUUAUUUACGUGGCAAGGCCAUAUCUAACUGCCAUCGACGUUACCCAGCGCCGAAAUCUCGUUUACAACUACAGGAGCUUGCUAGCCAGGGACUUUAAGGGACACCUAGUUGCCGGCAUCUACUUCCAAAUUUCGCUCGAUAUGCCAGCCUUCAACAUAUUUUAUCAGGCUAAUCGCGGGAAAAAAAGAAAGAAGAUUCCCUUUAGCAGAUUCCUUGACCUCAAUAACAUCGAAUUGGACAACGAGGAAAAAGAAAUCUUUACAGAAUGUGCUCGACUGUUAGGUAUGACGCAGGAGGAGCUGAAGGAAUUGCUCUUCACACUAGCAACUGUUUUGUAUGACCAGUCCUUUACGAAACAGUUACUUACCAUCAACGCUAAAAUCAACACCUUAGCAAAAGAUAAUUAACAAAUGAUUACGCCCCCGAGCGUUUGUUGUGAAAGGAACAUUGUUGUACCUUGUCUUUUUUUUGCUAGCUUUCCUCUUACUUUUAGUUUUUAUUACUUAAUGCGACUUCUUGUAUUUUUCGUUCUAAUUCAGCUUUUGGCUUUGGUGCAAGGGAAAAUGUACUAAAUUACUUUUAUAAUUAUGUUACUUACAUAAUAUUAUGUUAAAUUUCAGUGUUAUACAUUUUUUUUUUUUCUUAUUUUACGUCUUGAAAUUUUAAUGGAAAUAAUGACGAUGGUUACUUAUGACUGGCA